AUGGACGAAUGGCUACCUGCCAUGGUCAACGUUGAAAACUGGGAUGAGAGCGCGAUGGCGAUAACGAUUGGCUUGCUAUGGAAUAGCGCCGAUCCGACAGUAGUUGAAGACAAAGAGGGAAAGCGCCCAUACAAGUAUGCGAAGGCAAACGGUUGGCUCGAUGCUGAAUCCCCUCUUGCCCAGACAGCCGUCAAUCUUCUUGAAGCCGACUGCCACUACUGCAGAAGAGGAGACUAUUAUUUCAAGGAGAUUCUGUUGGCUUGA